AUGGCGGACUGGGAGGACGAGAGAGGCGGGGACUCGCAGGGGGGCAUGGAGGGGACGUGCGAGGAUAUGUGCCCCGCGCUCGUCCGCGAGUCCCAGCCGCCGCACCCGCUCGAGGCGGCGGACCCGGCCCGCCUCAUGGUCCGCACCUUCACGCGUGACUUCGCCCGCGACCUCUCGCCCGCGGAGUCCCGGGCCGUCCUGCGGUCCCGCCAGACCAUCCUCCGCACGCAGGACCACCUCCUGCGCCUCAUCGACCGCGCAGACGUGCCCGUGUCCGACGCAAUGAACUACGCAUGGGAUCGCAUGCGCGGGAUGCGCCAGGACAUGGAGAUGCAGGGCGCGCGCGGGGCGUUCACGCUCGCGCUGUGGGAGGAGCACGUCCGCUUCCACGCCCUCUGCCACCACGAGCUGCUCGACAGCAAAGCCACUUUCUCGAACUUCGACGGCUUCUCUGAAGGCACCAACGCACAGCAGCUCGAGGGCGCGCUCACCAAGCUGUUCGACCUGUACGCGUCCGCGCGCGCCGCGGGCGUCGUUCCGCGCAACGAGGCAGAGUUCUGGGCCUACCGCCUGCUCCUCCCGUCCAUCAACCCGCGACAAUACCUCGCGCAACUCCCGCCGGACCUUCUGCGCGACGCCCGCGUGUCCGCGGCGCUCCGGCUCCUGCGGCUGCAGCAGCAGCAGCGGUACUACGCUGCGAUCGCCGCCGCUGUCGAUCCGGGCACGCCGCUCGUGCUGGCGUGCAUGGCGAGCAUCCAUUGGAAGGAGCAGCGGCGGCGGCAGCUUGAGAGGCUGUUCAAAGGCUGCCAGAAGGGGGUUCCGGGGCCGGGGCUCGCGGAGCUCGCGGCGCUGCUGCGGCUGAACGGCGAGGGCGAGGCCGCGGCAGCGUGCCAGGCCGCUGGGCUGGGUGUGGACGCCGCGGGGCGGGUCGUGCCUGGCAAGGGAUGGCAGUUGGACAGGCAGGCGUGGGGCACGCUGACGCCGGCGCGCUGCCACGCGCUGACGGCGCGCUUGCGCGCCGCGGGGUACAGCAAGCUGAUUCGCCACGGCGACGGCGGCGGCGGGGAGCCCGUCAGCGACGCGAAGCGUGAGGCUGCGCGGCAGCAGGAGGAGCAGCGGCGGCUCGAGCGGCUGCGGGCGGAGGCCGAGGAGGCGGCUUUGGAGCGUCGGCGUGUGCUUGAGGCGGCGCGGAGGGAGCAGGAGGCCGCUGCGCGGCGGCAGCGCGAGGCUGAGGAUGCCGCUCGGGAGGCGGAGCGCGUGCGGCAGGAGCAGGAGCGCCGCGCGGCGGCAGAGCGGGCGGAGCGAGAGCGACAGGCGCGGGAGGCGGCGGAGCGCGCGAGGGUGGCUGCGGAGCAGCGGAGGCUCGCGGAGGAGGCGGCGCGCGCGGAGGCGGAGCGCCAGCGUGCGGAGGAGGCUCGGAGGCGCGCGGAGGAGGCUCGGAGGCGCGCGGAGGAGGAAGCGCGGCGACGCGCAGAAGAAGAGAGGCUGCGGAAGGAGGCGGCUCGGAGGGAGAAGCAGCGGCGCGCGGUGCUGAUGCUGCGGAUAGCGAUGUGGCAGCGGCGGGCGCGGGCGCAGCGGGAGGCGCGGCGCGCGGCGGAGCAGCGCGCGAAAGCGCUGCGUGCGUGCGCGGUGAACACGUCUGCGUUCGUGGCCCGCCCGCUGUCGUACGCCGCGGCGCUGCGCCGGCAGGCGCACAGCGUGGCGGUCGCGGCGGGGAAGCGCGGGAGGGAGGACGAGCGCGCCGCCACUCCGGACACAGCACUGACGCCGACGGCGCAACCAGGGCCUCCGAAGGCGGCGCGCAUCGGCAGCCCGGAGGCCGCGCCGCGGGCGCGGCACGCGCUGGCGCGCGUGGGGUCGUGGGAGCCGCUCGACCUGCCGCUGCUGGUCGGGCCCGUGCUGUGGGCGCGGUCGCCGGCGACGUCGCCGCUUGCGUGGACCGUGGCGGUCGCCGUACCGGACGGCGCGACCCCGCACGCCUCGAUGUUCGCGCUGUGGGUGCGCCAGAUCCUCGCGGGGCGGCUCGAGGCUCCGCCGCUAGACGUGGCGCCCGAGGGGGCGUCCGUGCUUGGCACGUGGUGCGGGGACUGCGAGCCUCCGCACGCGGGCGGCGCGCGGGGGCGACGGCUCGCGAUCUCGGUGCGCGUGGUGUCGUGGAGCGACCUGCUCGCGGCGGCGCCGGGCGGCGACACCGCGGGCGGCCCGUUGUCAGGGUGCUCGGGGGUGUUGUUUAUUCUCCCCGGGGAGGGUGACGGCGCGCCGUCGCCCGCGGGCGCCGGGCCCGCGCGGCGCGACAUCGAGGCCGUCCUGCAGUGGCGCGCCCGCGCCGCGUCCGCCGGCGACGCGCUGCCCGUAUCCUUCGUGAGUCCCGCGGGGGACUUUUACGGCAACGAGACAGCGAUGGCGAUCAGCGCCGGCGUGGCCGUCACGUCCGUGGCGGACGUGGGUGCGGGCGUGCCGACGCUCGCGCAGUGGCGGCUCGCGGAGGCGGUGACGUGGCUCGCAAAGGCGUCGGCGCGGCAGCACGACAUACAAUGCGUGACGCUGCGCGAGGCGGCGGCCCGCGCCGCGGCCGGCGCGGCGGCGCACGUGACGACGCUGGCGCCUGCGGCGCAGGGGCCCGGCGCGUGGGUAGCGACGUACAGGGCGUUCGUGGAUGCGCUGGCCGACGCCGUGGGUGCUGCUGGGCGGUCUGCGGCUGCGCGGGCGGGCUGGCCGGCGGCGGAGGUGAGCGCGGCCGCUGCCGCAGCGGCGAUGGCGGGCCCGCACGGGCUGCCGCCGCGGGGCUGGUGGACGCGCGAGUCGCAGGCGGCCACAUCGCGCGCGGUGGCGGAACUGCACGUGCCCGCCUGGGACGGCAGGGACGGCUGCGGUGACUGGACGCCACGGGACAUGGUCGGCGCGCUAGCGGCGUAUCUGUCGCGCUGCGGCGGGGGCCGCGGCGACGCCGACGCGUGCGCGCCCACGGCCGGCACGAUCCUGGAGCGGGCUCGCGAGGCACUCCACGUGCCGUCGUCGGCGCUGCUGGGCCCGGGACCGCUCGCGGCGCCCCUCGCCGCCGCGCUGUGGGGCCGCGCUAUGCAGGACGUCCUGCUCGGGCGGGAGAAGGCGUGCAUCGCCAAGGGAAUCGGGGACACGCCGCUUGUGUUACCCUCCGUGGUCCACCUGGACAUCUCCAAGCUCCCCGCCGAGGCCGCCGCGGCGCCGGACGUCUGCGCCAUGGACGUGUGCUCGCCGCUUCCGCCCGCGUCCGUCCGCGAGAGCCCGGCGUCCGCCCUGCGCUGGCGCGAGCUACCGGCUGCCCCCCCUUCGCGCGGGAGCGCUGCGUACGAGGACAUCCACCACACGCCGGUCCGGCCGCGCGUCCUGGACUUCGAGAACGGCCACGCGGUCCCGGGGGGGCUCACCUCGGGCCGGCGGCGGCCGCUGGGGAAGGUUGCGUGCGGGGUGGUGGCGCAGGCUGAGGAGGAGAGCCGGAGGGACGAGGAGUUCGUUGAGUUCCUGAAGUCGAACAUCAUGCCGUUCAGCAUGCCUGGCCCGUAG